UUUAUAAAUAUAGGAAACUUACAUUACGAGAAGCUAUCAACUUUAUUUCUGAUGCGUGGGAUGAAAGAGCCACCAGAAUUAUGCCCGAAGCAAGUGAACCAAAUGAAUAUAGGGAGGAAGAUGAACAAGAAGAAAGUAUGCUAGAAAAUGAUGUGAUCUCUGAGGUCGAUGAUGUUGAUAUGCUGGUUGAAGAUCUUUCUGUUGAGAAUUAUUCAGAAGUUCAAGAAUUAAAAAGUAAUAUUGAAGAAUACGCUUACCUGAUAGAUCAACUAGUCAUAACCGAGGAUGUACUAACAGAUGAAGGUAUUAUAGAAAUGGCUACAGAAGCAUUGGAAAAAGUUAUAAAGUUUCAAGAAAGCCUCGAAGUUAGAAAAGGAUUUAAUGAACAAGAACUAAAGGUACUACGAAAAAAAUUUAAAGAAUGGCGUUAUGAAAGAGAUAAAAAUAAGAAACAACUUUCAAUUUUAUCUUUUUUGG